CAGGGGCGGACUGACAACUCAUGGGGCCCCUGGGCAAUAGGGGAUCAUGGGGCCCCCGUGUCCUUGCCCAAACUCAAAAAAGCCUAUGAAAAAGGUACCAGGGGCAUCUCAUGGGGCCCCCUACUGACCCCAGGACCUCGGGCAGUGCCUGAGUUUCCAAAUGGUCAGUCCGCCCCUGAGUGCAUGCAAUGUUUUUUUCAACCCAGCACAGGGCAAGACAAUCCACCACCGCAUACCACGCAGUGGCCAGUCAAACGUAAUGAAUCGCCAUUGUGCAAUAUCAUUCAACUAAUUUAUUAU